AUGGCAUUUGGGCAGGGCCCGCAGCAAAGCCACCGGCGAAACCGCCAAAAAAGAGGUCGACACCAGCAAGAGAAUCAGGAGCAACCAGAAGAGGAGAAGCAGCAGACGGGAUCUCAAGAGCAGCAAAAACGGCAGCAGGAGGAUCAACAGCUACACCGACGACAGCAGGCACACCGGCUGCAGCAGCAUCGGCCGGAGCUGCGAUUGCCCAAAGUUCACGUCGAAUAUUUGGGCCCAAAGAAAGGAAAGGCUCUCGUUGCCUCUGAGGCUAUUCAGACAGCGGAGGUUAUUUACACGGAAGACCGUCCACUACUUGCAGUGCAGCACGAGUUUUCGCGGCUCUGUGGAUUGGCAUGUGAAAAUUGCUUGAGAUUUGUGGGCUCGCUGAAAGACUCCAUUAGGCAUGUCUUAACUAAGGCAGGCCGGCAUCGCUCAGCGGCCAAGCUGGAGUCUCUGCCUGAUUCCUUUCUCCAGAGAGCAGGACUUGUUUUGAGUUCUGUAGUGCCGUGCGGGGAGGCCCACUGCGAGGCGGUUUUCUGCUCUCAGCAAUGCCGCCAGCACGCUCGUUGCGAAACUCUUCAUCGAAUGGUUUGCGUGGAGGCUAGGGAGCCUAACAGUUGGCAGCUUUUUCUGUCUCACGCCCGUCGGCACCAUGAUGGCCUUGUCAUGGCAGGUCUCUGCGUGGCGCACGUUGUAUUUGAGGUGAUCUUCAAGCGUCGCCAAUUCUCAGAGGCUGUGACACCUUUUCUGCAGUUCUAUUCCGCUCCCUGGGAGUCACUUGCUCAGUCCUGCCCUAGCCAAGAAACAACUCCUAUUGGCUUGAGGGCUCAGACGAACCCCGAGACUGAAACUGUUGAAGGUCGGAGGGCCCUGUUGAAGGAGUCCCUGGAUCUUCUGUCAAAAGCCCUGAAGCCUGCUCUGAGAGGAGCAGCAGCUAUGCCACAAGAAAGAGACCUAGAAACCUUAUUCCAGUUGGAUUUUUACUCCAAACUAAUGGGCACAUUCGCCCUCGUAUGUCUCGACGUGGAAUUCCCCCAUCCUCUUAAUAGCCGUCUCCUAGCCUUUAAGUGGCGCUCUCCAGUGGUCCAUCCCCUAAUUUCCAGCUUUCAAAGCCAGGACUCCCAACUCGGCGCUUUGCAGUUAACUGAGGAGGCUCUAGUGCGAGUGCCACAGAAAGGGCUCCGAGAUUAUCUGGAAAAUGUGACGGCGGAGGACGCCAACGCCGAGCAUAUCCUAGGCCACCUGCUGCAAGAAGUGCACGAAAUAACUCGCUGGAAUGAAGCGGAUGAAGCGUGUCAAGUGGAGGUGGAAGACACGGAGGGGUCUCUUGAAGUAGGGGUUCUCGCUGCUGAUUCUGCAGGAACUCUCAGGCUCCCCUGGCGAGCCCCCUUACUGCCUUUCAUAGGCUGGGGUUUAUUCCAGCUAGGGUCCAUGACAAAUCACAGUUGCUGGCCAAAUGCAGAGUCGGAUUUCCCUUUGAGCAAGCCGGCUCUAGAGGUUCGGGCUUUAAGGCCGAUCAAGAACGGAGAAGAAGUGACAGUGUCAUAUAUAGACGAGGCCCUCCCUCUUCAUGAGCGCCGCCAGAUCCUGCAGGCGAAUUACGGUUUCUCCUGCACUUGUCCUCGCUGCGUUGUGGAGGCUACUGAAGCGUUGCUGGUGCUGAGGAAGGUUCCUGAAUGUCUUGACGACAACCGAUUGAAUGAGCUUGUCGCGAGACGGACUGGUCUGCCUGUGGCUAUUGUUACCGAGGUCAGAGAAUAUGCUCGUCGGCUUACCAAGCCGCAAGAACGGAGCGCCGAGUUUUAA